AACCACCACUCAACCUGGUUUUUGCUUUCUCCCGUCAUAACCACAACCCUGCCCAGAAAGCGACACAACAAACACUACUCUCGACCAUUUAUAAUCAAACACAGCACGCGCGCGCGCGCGCGCACACACUCUCUCUCUCUCUCUCUCUUUCUCUCUCUCAUGGCUUCCAUUUCUCCUCCGACCUCUCGCAACCUGGUCUUCCCCAACCCCAAAUUCCUCUCCCCUUCCCCUCUGAGAAGACCAUCCUACCCGUCCCAGCCCCACUCCCUCUCCGUCUCUAGUAUUUCCGACUCCUUCAUCUGCCGCUCCCACCACAACGCCUCAUCCUCUCCAGACAACACCAUCCGCUGGCGAUGGGACUCUCUGCUCCACGACGUCGUCAAGACCGCGAUCGAACGCUUCAAUUCCUACUUCAACUCCAACCGGAAAGAGGGCGACGAUGUUCGCGAUGGUGCUGAGCGAGAGCCGAAAUUCAGAGAGGAAGAAUGGGAUUGGGGUCGCUGGGGCAAGCAUUUCGACGAAAUCGAUGGCCAGGAAUGCCUUGCCUCCAUUCUUAAGUCAAAGUUAGGUCAUGCUGCAUAUAUAGAGGAUUAUGAAGAUGGUGCUAGGCUCAAGGUGGCCAUUGCUGCUGCAGCUACAAAUGAUACUGUUGGCAGAGUUAUGUCUCAUCUGAAUAAAGCCAUAGAGGAAGAGCGUUUUCAGGAUGCAGCUUACAUACGAUACAAUGCUGGUGCUGGAUUGGUCGGAUGGUGGGCUGGCAUUGCAAAAGAUAUCAAUGAUCCCCAUGGUCUAAUUAUUCGAAUAACGGCAGAGCAUGGAAGAUAUGUGGCAAGAAGUUAUAGCCCUCAGCAACUUGCUACGGCUGCAGCUGGUGUUCCCUUGUUUGAAGUUUUUCUCACAGUGAACAAGAGAGGUGAAUAUAAACAGAAGGCCGUGUACUUAGAGUGGAGGGGAGUUUUUGAAGGUUCUUUGACAGUUCGCUCUAAAACAUUUGAUGCCACUAGCAGCUUGAAUCCAUUAGACUCAACGGAAGACAAUGGUGAUCUGUUUGCUGUGAAUACUGAAGAUCCCAAAGAUGGUGAUGAUAGGGACGAUAGUUCUGAUCUAGCUGACGGUCUGUCUGGUUUCCAGAACAUAUUGAAGGAUAUGAUUCCUGGUGCGAAGGUCAAGGUUUUAAAAGUGACAGCACCAGGGAAGGUAGACAGAGAUUUAAUAUCUAAAGUGAUUGAGCAGAUUAUAGAGGAAGAAGAUGAAGACAAGGACAAUGAGAUAGAUAGGGUAGAAGCAGAAGAUCAAGAUGAUGGGGAAAGUGACCAAGAGGCAGAUGAAAUUGAAAUGGAUGCUGAUCCUGGAAUUAUUGAAAGAGAGGAGCAAAAUGAAAUUGCAGUUAAAGUUGUUGUGGGUGGUCUUGUACAGAAACUCUCCAACAGUUUGCCUACUAAAGAUUUACUACGAAUACCUGCUAAGCUAGAGAAGAAGGGGCGUUUUUCAUUUUCCUUAUCUAUAGAGAAAAGCAUCAAUGAGCAGGAUUCUGGUGUCAAGAAACAAGCUUCAGUAGAUAAAUCAGCUAAGCCUCGAGGUCAACACAAGAUUGACCAUGUUGUGUUGGAUCUUGCUAAAUUCAUUGGUAGGAAGAAGAUACCCUUGAAGGUUCUCAAAGAUGUCGGUGAAUUAAUAAAGCUCUCGCUUAGCCAGGCUCAAAAUUAUCAACCACUUUCUGGAUCAACAACCUUCAAUCGCAUUAAAAUGCCAACAUCUACAGAUCCUCUAAGUGGAAUGUACAUUGGUGCACAUGGGCUGUCCGCAUCAGAAGUCAUUCAUCUGAGCCGAAAAUUUGGUCAGUGGCGAGAGGAUGGUGGGAAAAAGAAGCCAUCAGAUCUUGAAUUUUAUGAAUAUGUAGAAGCCAUAAAACUUAUCGGUGAUCCUUAUGUACCAGCAGGCGAGGUGGCAUUCCGUGCAAAGGUUGGGAAAAGAUAUCAGCUUCCACUUAAAGGGAUCAUUCCAGAAGAACUUGGAGUGAUUGCUCGCUAUAGCCAAGGGAGGCUUGCUGAGCCUGGGUUUCACAAUCCUCGAUGGGUCGAUGGUGAACUUGUUAUUCUUGAUGGAAAGUAUGUUAAAGGGGGGCCUGUUGUUGGAUUUGUCUAUUGGGCCCCUGAAUACCACUUCUUGGUGUUCUUCAAUAGGCUGAGGCUUCAAGAGUAGAUUUUAGCUGUACAUCCUAUGUUCAAGCUUGUAAAUUCGUUGUGCAGAUUUUGUAAGAAUUGGAAGGUAUUAUUACUGAAAAGUUGCUGUUUCCAAGUAUAGUAGAGAAAUCCUGGAGCUCUUCAUCACUCAACUGACCAUUGCACUUGUAAGCAUUAUAGACUCAAUGGGGAGUAGCCAUCCUAGAUUUGAAAUACAAUGAAUGGCCCUUUCCAUUGCUCUUUAUUUUUAGGCACCCCUUUUAUCAAUGUAUGUAUAAAUAUUUGUAGUUCUACAAAUCAAUAAUCAGGAUUUUUCCGUGUAACUUGAUGCAGUAUAUUUCCCAUAUACUAACCUGUAGAUGGUCUUGUGAAAUACUUUAUCUAGAGAUGUAAAUAUGCGAGGCCUGUUGAUGGUCUAAGUUCUGGGAUGCAGUUCAAAACCAUAGAAUUCAAAUGCAAAACAAUCAAAAUUCUUUUCACAAUUAGUAAAGCCAGCAUUUACGCUCA